GGACAACAUGGUGAUAAAAUGUGUACAACUCUGGCAGAACUCCGUGAGACCCACGUCUUUUUAGAUUUUAUUGUUUUAGUAACAUGUCUAAAUGCCGUGUGUAAAAGUAAUUGAGAGGAAUCUUUUUCUUUUUCAAAUGAAUGUCUAGAACAGGAGUCAGAGCAAUCACCGGGGCGUUUUAAAAGUAGCAUGGCACUGUCGAAAGAUCCAGUCUUCAGUAGUGACAUGAGUAUCACACAUUUCGAAGGAGUGGACUCAAAAGACGAAAUGUCUUCGUGUGUCCCAGGACAAACGAAAACCUCCGCCGUCAGAGUUUUAACCCAGGGCGAGCUGGACAGACUCAGCGGUGACCGGGCUUUGGUGUCCGAGUUCAAACAGAUGAAGUUGGAGAAGGAAGCUCUGAAAAACUGGGACUUGUUUUACAAAAGAAACACGACAAAUUUCUUCAAAGACAGACACUGGACCACAAGAGAAUUUGAAGAACUCAAGUCAUGCCGAGAGUUUGAGACUCAGAAGCUGGUGCUGCUGGAGGCUGGAUGUGGUGUGGGAAACUGCAUCUUCCCUCUGCUGGAGGAAGACCUUAGCAUCUUCGUUUAUGCCUGCGACUUCUCACCACGAGCUGUUGAAUUUGUCAAACAAAACCCUCUGUACUGCCCUGAGCGCUGCUGUGCCUUCCAGUGUGAUUUAACUAAAGAUGAUCUGACAGAACAUGUGCCAGAGGGCAGCGUGGAUGUCAUCACUCUCAUCUUCGUCCUGUCGGCCAUCCAUCCUGACAAGAUGAAGCUGGCUUUAGAGAACAUCAGCAGGGUGUUGAAGCCUGGAGGCAUCGUAUUGUUCAGGGACUACGGCCUGUACGACCAUGCCAUGCUCCGAUUUAAAUCUGGCAGCAAGCUGGGGGAGAACUUCUAUGUUCGCCAAGAUGGAACCAGGUCCUACUUUUUCUCUAAAGAGUUCCUGGCCGAGCUGUUUGAGGAGACAGGCUUCCAGGCUGUUUCUAACGACUACGUCCUGAGAGAGACCGUCAACAAAAAGGAGGGGCUUUGUGUUCCCAGGGUGUUUCUGCAGAGCAAAUUCACCAAGCCUGCCCAGUCACACAGCUCCUGAUGUCACCUGGCAUUGGUCUGUCAUCUUACAAAUUUCCCCAAAGAUGCAGUGAAAUAUUGGACUACAAUCUUUGGUUCUAACUGGAUGGCAAACAAUAUCCCUGUUGGAAUUUGUAGCCUAAAUUUUAUUAGAAGGGGAUGUACAGCUUAAACAAUCACGGUUUUGAGUCCUUCAAAGGAUUAUAAAAGUCGGUUGUAAUAACUCUGUCACACACCAAUUAACCAGUGUAUGCCCUUCAGUGAGUGGUGCUGACAGACUGGCUGACAGCUGCUCUUUUGCCAGCAGUUAAAGAGGUAGAGAUAUGUGGAACUUUACAAAUGUACAAAAGACAGAUAUGUAAUUUUUUGCUGGGUAACUAAUGAAGAGUAUGAUCUUCGUAUAGCCUUUGUCAGAGCUUAAACAGCUGGUAGUAACAUCCUGAGACUUCUCUGUGGGUCUUUGAACUUUUCUUCUGCGAACAAAUGGAUAAAGAGGUUUCUCUAUCCGAUAUUUCCUUAAUAUUGUCAGUUUUAUGAUUUUAAUAUUUGUGCAAAUGAAUUCCAAUGUGUUUUUAUACUGCAGAAAAAUCAAGUGCACCCACAUUGUAUCAUUUCACUCUCCCUGUUUUUACGUAACCUUUUUUGGAAUGGGUGAACUGACUUCCAGUAUAUUCCUGAAAUAACAAAGGCAGCACUCUAAAAGACUGAAUUCAAAAAAUUAGGUCAAGAGAAAAUUUACUUACAUUAGUUCUGUUAUUUCAAGCAGGAUGGCAGAGUUGACGGAUGACAACUUUUUUGUCAUCUACAGACUGUGCUCCGUGCAUUGCUAGAUUGCAGUAUACUAACAGUCAGUUUAAAACAAGUGAUUUACUCAGCAUGGAUUCUGUUAUACAGAUCAGACAUGUAUUCAACAGCGUUUCUCCUCCAGCUUCAAUAUUCCCACAACAGUCUGAUCACAGCCAUACCCCCUUAGAGAUCUCCCCUAUUCAGUCUUGGGCUUCACCCACAAGGUUGGGUCGAUCGUUUUCUAGAUUAGAGUCAUAGUGACUGGUGUUAUGGAAUUAAGGAUAAAACAAGUAGAGAGUUUUGCUGAGGUUUUGGCAUCAUUAAAAUGGAGUGUGGAGAUCCUGAACCUGCUGUCUUUACUGUAGUGACUCUAGUCAUACUUCCCUAUCAGUUUGUUCAUCUGGAGUGGAGCAAAAUAACUAUUGUGGUGAAUAUCACAUUUUAAAAUGAUUGCUACUAACCUUUAUUGUCAUUGGCUGUCUUAGAACAGCAUACUGUAAUUCAAGUGUCUUCUGUGCCUUCUCCUGAAUGUAUUUACAGGCUUUAGGAAAAUCACCCUGCGACGACAUUUUUCCACCAAUCACAGGCCAUUUUACGGAAUGUCACUGAUGAAUUAGAUGUUGAUUUAAAAGCUAUUUGACCAUAAAAAGUGGUAGAAAUAAAAGAAUUUCAUGCAAGACUCAUGAAAAACAUCCCUCAAA